CCGCGAAGAAGCUGCCAUCCUUGCAUCUUCCUAUACUUGCACAUUUUUUAUAUGUACUUUCAAAACAAAAAGCAAAAAAAACAAACGCCAGUAAUUGAACUAAGUGAUAGAAGAGUGAACGUGUUGUGUUUGAAUUUUUCAAUUGUGUUUGAGCUUUCGAAGUGGACUUUGUCCUAACGUGAAUGGCUAGAAUAAAAACACGAAUUUAUAAUUCGUUGAAAGAUUUCAAUUCAGUCAUCCUAUCCUGCAGAAAAACUUUCAUCAUGCAAGCUAAUCCAGUUCAACAACAAGAUAAAAUUGAUAACGUAAGCAAAGUAAAAAUCCUCACACCUCAACUGAGAGAUAUUUUAGCUAGUACACUGAGAACAGCUGCUCAAACAAUCCAAGCCAACAACUUGAUAGACUCGGGAUCUUUAAAAGCGAACGAUGCUCAGAUACCUCGUCUUGAUAAAUCUAUCGAAGAAUUCUUUGCUAUUUGCGAUCAAAUUGAAUACAAUUUGAAAACAGCUAUGGAAUGCUAUCAACAGAGUGCUAGUAAUCAGCGGUAUUUGCCUCUGCCGGUGGCGCCCAAUAGGAUUGAACCGCAUCCUCAAGACAAUAACGCAUUAUCGUAUCCUCAAUAUGUAACUUCUAUACGUUCUCAGAUUUCAUACCUAAAAGAAGUUCAUGACUUACUUUUGAAUGCUUCCCAAAAUAUCGGUCCUAACGAAUAGGAUGAAAUUUCUUCGAGGUUGAUUAUCUCUACACCGACCGUACUUCUGUGAUAUUUACUGCAUGAUAAGGGGUUCAUUGUAAUUAUUUUUUAUACAUAUUCUGUGCGUUUUAAUUCGUUAUUGCUCAUUAUUUCGAAAUAAACAUGAGAAAAAUAAAAAA